AAUCGCACGACAGGGUGGAUCAGUUUGGUUACUUCGUUUUUCAACACUAACAACUUCUCAUUAUCCAGUAGCAGGGUGAGUGUCAAGUAACCUGGGACUCAGGAUCACGCUCUCUUUCUGCCCCAGGAUGUCUGUCCUUGCUCAGGUGAUCUGGACAGGCCUCUGCCAGGUCCUGCUUGUGGUGUGUGCAGGACUAGGAGCUGUGGUUGCAGGUUUGACGGCGAGGCUUUUGGUGCGACAUGCCUGGUUCACACACAGACUGUCCUGCUUCAGCACGCCACCAACACACUCCUGGCUUGUAGGACACCUGGGACAGAUCCAGAGCACAGAGGAAGGCCUCCUGCAGGUGGACGACUUGGUGGAGACGUACAAACACUCCUGCAGCUGGUUCCUCGGCCCUUUCUAUCACCUGGUCAGACUCUUCCACCCUGAAUACGUCAAACCUCUGCUGAUGGCCCCUGCAAGCAUUACAGUGAAAGAUGAGCUUAUUUACGGCCAUCUGCGUCCAUGGCUUGGACAGAGUCUGUUGCUAAGUAACGGGGGGGAGUGGUCCCGCAGGAGACGGCUGCUGACUCCAGCUUUUCAUUUUGAUAUUCUGAAGACCUAUGUUUCAACCUUUAACACCUCAGCUAACAUCAUGCAUGAUAAGUGGCGCCAUCUGGUGGCAGCAGGCAGCGCCAAGCUGGAGAUGUUUGACCACAUCACUCUCAUGACUCUGGACAGUUUACUCAAGUGUGCCUUCAGCCACAGCAGCAACUGUCAGCGGAGCAGCAGCGAGUACGUGACAGCCAUCAUGGAGCUGAGUGACCUGAUUAUAGAUCGUCGCUUUAAGAUUUUACACCACUGGGACUGGAUUUACUGGAAAACACCGCAGGGAAAACGCUUUAAACAAGCGCUGAAGAUCGUGCACAGUUUUACCAGAGAAGUGGUUCAGAAGCGCCGUGCCCUGAUCAGCCAGCGGAGGGAGACAAAAACGGAUUCUUCACCGCAGAAGAGGAAAGAUUUUGUGGACAUCAUACUACUAACAAAGGACGAGGAUGGACAUGGCUUGACAGAUGAGGAGAUACAGGCGGAGGCAAAUACCUUCAUGUUCGCAGGUCAUGACACUACAGCCAGUGCAAUCUGCUGGACGCUGUACAAUUUAGCGCGCCACGACCACUAUCAGGAGAAAUGCCGAGAGGAGGUGAUGGAUCUGAUGCAAGGACGAGAAGAGCAAGACAUGGAGUGGGAGGAUCUGUCCAACCUUCCCUUCACCACCAUGUGCAUCAAAGAGUCUCUGCGGCUGCAUGCUCCCGUGCAGGCUGUGUCCAGGAAGUACACGCAGGACAUGACCCUGCCAGGGGAUCACACGGUACCAAAGGGUGUCAUCUGUUUGGUCAGCAUUUAUGGAACACAUCACAACUCUGCUGUUUGGACAAACCCACAUGAGUUUGAUCCGCUGCGUUUCGACCCCACAAACACAGAAGGGCGAGCUUCUCACUGCUUCAUCCCCUUCUCCUCAGGCCCCAGGAACUGCAUUGGUCAGAAGUUCGCCCUGGCGGAGCUGCGAGUCGUCGUGGCGUUGACCUUGCUCAGGUUUCGUCUGACCUUGGGAGUGAAUCCUGCACGUGGGGCCGGCUCCGGAGUCCGCCGUCUCCCCCAGCUCGUCAUGCGCGCCGAGGGAGGUCUGUGGCUGCAGGUGGAGCCUCUGAUAAAGAACCAAGAGGAGGAGUUGCAGGAUGAAUGAUCCAUUUGGAAGACAAAAGUCCACUGUUUCUAAAUGCAUUUGCAGUUUGUUUUGCACGAUGUUAUUUGUCAAGACACAUGAUUAUUUUAUUCAAAUGUUAAAAUCUAAACUAAUAAAAUGUAUUGCAGUAUUGUAUUGUUCAUAUUACUCAGCUAAUUGUUUGUAUAUAUUUUUUUUAAAACAUUCUGCAGGGAGUACAAGAAAGUAAAAGAAAGUGGAACAUGUGUAGGGUAGGAGGGCAUAAAUAAAUGUUGCAUUGUUUAAAUUAUUUCAUGCCUGUAAGUUACACUCUAUGUUUAAAAAACAACAACAACAAAUUAAAGACAUCUUGUGAAAACAGUCAAACAAAUUACUGCAUGGAAAUCAAAUGAUGCACAAACUGCUUUUAUUAGUUUUAUACAUAUACUUCAUCUAUUAGGUAACGUUACAUUUAAACGUGCUGUAAUUAAACAAAGGAGCUAAUUGAUUUUCCUCUUUCA